UCGUGCACGUGCGCGUGCGUCGGCGGCUGAUAAGAGAGGUGAAGCAUCGCAGGAGGUGUCAGGCUGAGCUCACCAUGCCAGGCUGCCAGCUGCCCUGUCUCCGCGCCUCACACUCAUGUUCCUGCUCCGACCAUGCGGCUGCUCACCGUCUCCACUCUGCUCCUGCUCGUCUGCAGCUCAGGGCUGGCUCUGCAGAUUCAGUGCUACCAGUGUGAAGAGAUGACACACGACUGCUCCACACCAGAGUUCAUCGUCAACUGCACGGUGAACGUGCAAGACAUGUGCCAGAAGGAGGUUCUGGUGAAGGAUGAUGGGAUCCACUACCGCAAGUCCUGCGCCUCCUCAGGAGCCUGUCUUAUCGCUUCUUCUGGUUACCAGCAGUUCUGCACCGGCAAGCUCAACUCGGUGUGCAUCACCUGCUGCAACACGCCACUGUGUAACGGACCACGGCAGAAGAAACGACCCCAGCAAUCAGCCGCCGUUACCCUGACCACGCCGCAGCUCCCCGUGUUCUCUCCCUGCAUCCUCCUGCUGCUGUCCUCCACCCUGUGCUGACAGACCUUCACACACUGAGCCAACAUGUGUAUUGACAGUGGAGGAAACAUGAACUGGAACUGCAUUAACUGAGACAAUGAAGAGUACUUUAAAAUGUGUAUUCUUUGAGGCGUGUGGAAGCUUUGUACAGUAUUUGUUGUCUUCUGUUUUACAGCUUUCCUCCAGAGGUCAAAUUGAAAAAUUUCAUCAUCACACGUGUCACUAACUAGAUCAUGGUGCGGCUGCAAGGGCACCUGGGUAAAGUCGGGUGGAGGACGGUGCUGUGGAUGGAACAGCUUCUGGCUAUUUUGUCGGGCAGCAGGUGGCUCAUUCACAUCUGUCUUUGUUUACCUCCACUACAAGGUUAAAUAAGACAUAUUGCAGGAACUGUGGCAAGUUUAGAUUUGUCAUUUACUUUCUGAGCCUUAGGGAAAGCUUUCCAGAAUAAAUAACUCUAAAUCAGUUAUCACUGAUCAUGCUGUGUUGACAAAGUGAAGAAGUCAAUGUGUGUCAUGUAUGACAAGGAUAAAGUUUAAUGAUCUUGAAAAAUGCAGUCAGGUAAAAAAAAGGUAUUGGAUGAAGAAGAACAUAUGCUUGUCAUUAUAUCAAGCCAUCUAAAGCUCCUUAGGGCGCUUUCACAACCCAAAGUUUAGUCCAUUUUAAUCAAACUCUGGUGGUUAAACGCUCCAAUCGUUCUCUGGUGCGGACCAAAACAACCGCUCCUAGACCAUUUGCAGAUAGGGUCUUGGUCCGUUUCCUAAUGAACCCUAGUAGGGUUUGAUUCACUGUCAACUUAACUUAAUAUUUACCUUGGUAAAUACGUGGUAGGAGCAGAUGGUGGUAGGAGCAUCAAGGCUCUCCUUCUCUGAUUAUACAGCUGUCUGAUCGCAGCAUGUUGUCUGUGGAAAUAAUGGAUCAACACAUUGUUGAUGCCCCGGAGCCUCAACAGGAGCUCCUUCUGACCGUUUCUCUCCACAUUAGUUAGGUGAACACCAGAGUAGAUUACGGCCGGUAUUAUUAAACGUACUUGGUUUGCGCUCUGUUCCAUGUUGCUUUGUUUACAUUUUUCACAGCCAACUUUAAACCAAUAAAAAAUAAUAGUGCAAGUAGAUUUCCAGCCCUCCACCUUUGUACACGCCCCUCUUCAAAUCUUUUUAUUUUAUUUGGUCCGCUUACAUUUCUGCACUGUGAAAGAAACCAGACUAAAUACAAGACGAACCAAAAGUCCAUUUCACUCUGAUUCUGACCAACCAAACGGACUUGGGUUGUGAAAUCGACCUUAAAGAUACAACACCAUGUUGUCAGUGGAAGCCAUUCUGUUUUUGUCCUUCACUGGUUUUGUAACAUUUGCUGUCUGUACAUAGAGCUACAAAAGCAUGUUGAAACACACAAACCUUUUUCAAACUAGUUACCAGAUAUUAAUUGCAUCUAUAAAGGCUGCAAUUGGAACAGUUUGCACGGAGGUGGUAGAGCGGCAGUGCAAUGAGCGUAUGGUACAAUGAAGGCCACCUAGAGUGGCGUACAUGGUGGUGACUGCUGAUGGACUGGCCAACUUUUUAGAAAGA